UGCAUAUGAUCUUGUCAAGGUAAUUCAUGCUGACAAGGGUAUAUGACAGACCAUUUGCGCAAUCGAUUUGCCAAUGUCGCUGAAAGACUAACUCAUAGUUUCACAGAGCUAACCGCUGAAAAUCAUGUAUAUGCAAACGGUGAAAUCGGAUUAGCUCUUCAGAAAUCAACUUCCUAUUCAGCAUUUGAUUCUAGUGUUAGUGAAGACCCGGAAAACAUUGACACAAAACCAGUUAUGACAUUCCGGGAUCGCACAACUGAGUUCGGGUCAACUGUGAAGAGCUUACAAAGCCGUCAGAUGCUUAAUGGCGCUGUUAAGCCAACAAACGUAAACCGAACUAUCCAAGAAAGAACCGAAUUUGCCAAGUUGGCGAAAAAAGUUGGCCGAGAUCUAGCUAGCACCUGUGUCAAACUGGAAAAAUUAUCCAUGCUAGCCAAAAAGAAAACUUUAUUCGAUGACAAACCUCUCGAGAUUCAAGAGCUGACUUAUAUUAUAAAACAGGACUUGAACUCAUUAAAUGAGCAGAUAGGUAAUUUGUCAGAGUGGAACAGAUCACGAAGUGGAUCGAGCACGAGUAACAAGCACGUGCAAACUCACUCGUCCACAGUUGUCGUGGCACUACAGUCCAGAUUGGCAAACUUGUCAACGGAUUUCAAAUCAGCACUUGACAUUAGAUCAGAGAAUUUGAAGGCCUCGAAGUGGAGGCGAGACCAGUAUUCAACACAGCAAGCCUCAAAUUCUACGGGUGCAAAUGUCAGUGGAGUAGGUGACCGGGUCAGGGAGCCGAAUGGUCAUCUGCCAGACAGAAGUGUGUUGUUCAGAGACGAGCAAAUGGCAGUGGCUGCUGCCAAUGAGCAGAGGAGUGCAAAAGGCGCAAAUUCAUCGGCAAUCAACAUGCCCGAUUAUGAAUAUCAAAGCAGCAGCGGUCAGAUAGAUUCCAGUGGAGCUGGCGGUAUGGUGCGGAACAGACAUGUGCAGCAGAUGGCUCUUCUGGAGGAGACUGAUUCAUAUGUUACAGAGCGAGCUGCGGCAAUGGAGAACAUAGAGAGCACGGUGGUUGAGUUGGGGCAUAUAUUCUCUCAACUGGCCACUAUGGUCAAGGAGCAGGAUGAGAUGAUCGGAAGAAUGGACCACAAUGUUGAAGACAGUCUGAUGAAUGUCCACGCUGCGCACGGAGAGAUCCUCAAAUAUUUCCAAAGUGUUUCCUCCAAUAGGUGGCUCAUGUUUAAAGUUUUUGGAGUGCUAAUUGUAUUCUUCAUCAUGUUUGUCCUGUUUUUUGCUUAAAAUGAAUUUGUUCCUGGAGCUUGCAGCAAUUCUUCACGUUGUCAAUCUAUGCAUGACGCGAUGUGAUAACAACUUUCAACUAUUGGACUGGAUUCAAAAUCGGUAUUACGAGAACAUUCUCAAGAGCAGCUAAAGUUUAAGUUUCGGAUAAAUAUGUUUUGGAAUUGAGAAGCAGAACUUUAUGUAUACAAUUUGUUGGGUUUUAGGUUACGUACAAAAAAUGUUUUUUCAUAGUUUCAUUAUAUUCCUGAGAAUUGAAUUUCAAUUACUAAGAUGUAAUUAUAAUGAUAAUAAUUGGUGCUUACUGAAUCAUAUGACGACAAGGAGAAUCAACUCUGAGAAGAA